AUGAAGGUGAAUGAACUCUUUACCAAAGGGAUGAGUGAGGCUUUCAAAGCCGGUGCUUCCCAUGAGGAAGAAGAUAAGUUUGCUGACUACAUGAAAGGAGGUGCUUGCAGAGAAUCAUUUAUGGCCCUUGCAGAAUGCUCUGAUGGGGAUAAGCCGGAUAAGCAGAUGGCCAUGUUGGACUGUAUGGAAGCCCACUCUGAUUACCACCAUAAGUAUCUGGAGAUUAUUGAUGAACAAGUGUCGAAGCAAGCUAUGGAGGAACUUGAAUCCAUGUUUCCGGGAGGGGAAGGCGAAUUGGUUCUUGGGGUUCACGAGUUCUUCACAAAAGGAGAAGGAGGUUGUUGCAAAGAACAAUACAUGGCUUAUAUGGAUUGCAACAUCGAGAAGGUCGAUGAAGGAGAUCAAUAUGAUCCUUUGUUGACAACUUUUACUCAAAGGCUUCUUAGGAUCCUUUAA